CUCAUUUUGCCAGCUGGGCUGCCCACGUCGCUUUCACUAACCCAACCAAAAUUCAAGAACUACACUUUGCACAAAUAGGAAUAUAUCAAGAAAUAAAAACUCUUGCAUGAUUGAUGGUCGGUUUGUAUCAUAAUGAAAAAAUAAAAUAAAAUUAAGUCAUCAAUGGAGCUCGAUGGGCCCCCCUCUCCUAUCCUCACUAUUCCUCUAUAUAAAUAUAUCAUCAUCACCCUCCCACUUUCAUCCAACCACCACUCACUACCAUUGAUCACGACCUCCACUGCUUAAUUUGAUUCUAGAGAGGGAAGAGAGAGAAUGGAGAACAAGGAGGAGGAUGUUCGAGUGGGAGCCAACAAGUUCCCGGAGCGCCAGCCCAUCGGCACGGCGGCGCAGACUCAGGACAAGGACUACAAGGAGCCGCCGCCGGCGCCGCUCUUCGAGCCCGGCGAGAUCACCUCGUGGUCGUUCUACAGAGCCGGGAUUGCCGAAUUCAUCGCGACUUUCCUCUUCUUGUACAUCAGCAUCCUCACCGUCAUGGGCGUUCAGAACUCCCCGUCCAAGUGCGCCACCGUCGGGAUCCAGGGCAUAGCCUGGGCUUUCGGCGGCAUGAUCUUCGCUCUCGUUUACUGCACCGCCGGGAUUUCAGGUGGACACAUCAACCCCGCGGUGACGUUCGGGCUGUUCCUGGCGAGGAAACUGUCGCUGACGCGGGCGGUGUUCUACAUGGUGAUGCAGUGCCUGGGGGCCAUCUGCGGCGCCGGCGUGGUGAAGGGAUUCCACAAGACUCUUUACAUGACCAAGGGCGGCGGCGCCAACGUGGUCAACCACGGCUACACCAAGGGUGACGGCCUUGGUGCUGAAAUCGUUGGAACGUUCGUGCUAGUCUACACCGUCUUCUCCGCCACCGAUGCCAAACGAAGCGCUAGAGACUCCCAUGUUCCGAUAUUGGCUCCAUUGCCAAUUGGCUUUGCAGUGUUCUUGGUUCACUUGGCAACCAUUCCUAUUACUGGAACUGGUAUUAACCCUGCAAGAAGUCUUGGAGCAGCCAUCAUCUACAACAAGGAUGCAGCUUGGAAUGAUCAUUGGAUUUUCUGGGUGGGACCAUUCAUCGGAGCCGCGCUCGCCGCCCUGUAUCACGUGGUGGUGAUCCGAGCCAUCCCAUUCAAGAACAAGUGAUGUUGUCCCGAGCCAUAAAAGCUGUCCCUUUUGAUCAUUCAACUUGUGGCAUUAAAUUUAUUUCAAGAAACAUUGAGAUAAAUGGAGAUGAUGAGAGAGAAAAUGAAGUCCAUGUUGUAUGUAAUUUCCAUAUUUUCCUGUUUUGUUUGGUUUGCUGUAUGUAUUGUAGGAGAUAAUGUUUGAUGGGAUAAUGUUCAUAAACAAAAAGGGGAGGCUUUUGAAAUUAUUUAAAUGGGAAAAAAAAGUGGGCUUGUUUGGCUUUUGGCAUAA